AUGACGCUCAGCCGAAGCGUAUCCUCGGGACCGACCACGUCCACGUCGGCCCGGACAGCUUCGCGGGUGGUCUCUGCUCCUGCGGCGCGCACCGUGGUCUCCGCUUCCCGUGUGGUGCAGAGCCCUGCUUCGAGCCCACGGGUCGUGCAGCGCGGCCUCGCCAAGGUGAUCACGGAGCGGCCGCGCAGUGCGGCGCCGAGGACGCGCUUAGUGGCUCGCAAUGACGGCGCCACCAACGGCGCCACAACCGGUGCCGUGGACUCGGUGUCUCGGAGCUCGGGGAUGGGAUGGGUUGAAGGGAACAAGGUGGUGCCCCAGUUACUUGGAAGAUCUUGGAACCCGUGUUGGGAUUAUUUGCGACUUAGCAGGGAUUUUAACUAUGAAAAUAUAGUAAAAUAUAGGGAUUUAAGUGGAUAUAAUCCGCUUUGUAACUGGUUAGCAACUGGGAUUAUAACCUACAUAUAA